CUUCUGGGGCACCUACCGGCCGCACGUCUACUUCGGCAUGAAGACUCGCAGCGCCCGGCCCCUGCUCGCCGGACUGAUGUGGGCGCUGCAGGGCGCCGCCCCGGGGACCCUCCGGCUCAGGCACACGUGCGAGCAGGGAGACGGCGUGGGCCCCUACGGCUGGGAGUUGCACGACGGCCUCUCCUUCGGGCGGCAGCACAUCCGAGACGGGGCUCUGAGGCUCACCACCGAGUUCGUCAAGAGGCCCGGGGGUCAGCACGGCGGGGACUGGAGCUGGAGAGUGACGGUAGAGCCGCAGGCCUCUCGGAAUUCUUCCCUCCCUCUGGUCUCCCUGUUCUUCUACGUGGUGACAGACGGCCAGGAAGCCCUGCAGCCAGAGGCUGGGGCUCCUGGACAGGUGAAGUACAUUAGUGGGCACAGCAGUGAGCUUGGUGACUUCCGCUUCCAGCUUCUGGCACCAACCAGUCCCGGGAAAUCUACUCCCAAGCACAGCAGCUACAAUGUCUUCUGGUCCUCCAACCCAGGACUCCCAUUGCUGACAGAGAUGGUCGAGAGUCACCUUAAUCAGUGGUUUCAGCACCGGCCUCCAGGGGCCUCCCCUGAACGCUACCUUGGCCUGCCAGGAUCACUGAAAUGGAGCGACAGGGGUUCCCAUGGGCCAGAACUGGGGCAAGGGCAGUUCUUGAUCCAGCAGGUGACAUUGAAGGCCCCCCUUUCUGUGGAGUUUGUGUUUGAGUCUGGCAGUGCCCGGGCAGGAAGCAGCCAGUCCCCGGCACAGCUGGCAGGUGACCACCUGACUCAGGCCCUGGAGGACCGCGCAAACGCCUUCCGGGAGCGCUUUGACAGGACCUUUCAGCUGCAGGAGAAGGGCCUCAGCCCCGAGGAGCAGGCCUUGGGCCGGGCUGCCCUCAGCGGCCUCCUGGGUGGGAUCGGCUACUUCUACGGACAAGGCCUGGUGCUGCCCACCAUGGGAGCUGAGGGCUCUGAACAGAAGGCAGACCCGGCCCUUUUCCCACCAGCCCCUCUGUUUACUGCUGUGCCCUCCCGCUCCUUCUUCCCACGCGGCUUUCUGUGGGAUGAGGGUUUCCACCAGCUGCUAGUGCAGCGUUGGGAGCCACGGCUCACGCGGGAGGCCCUGGGCCACUGGCUGGGGCUGCUCAAUGCUGAUGGCUGGAUCGGGCGAGAGCAGGUGCUAGGGGAUGAGGCCCGGGCACGGGUGCCCCCAGAAUUCCUGGUGCAACAGGUGGCCCACGCCAACCCCCCAACCCUGCUUCUACCUGUAGCCCACAUGCUGGAGCGAGGUGACCCGGAUGACCUUGCCUUCCUCCGAAGGGCCUUCCCACGGCUGCGGGCCUGGUUCUCCUGGCUCCAUGAGACCCAGGCAGGGCCAGUCCCACUCUCUUACCGCUGGCGGGGCAGGGACCCCGCCUUGCCAACACUGCUGAACCCCAAGACGCUGCCCUCGGGACUAGAUGAUUAUCCCCGGGCUUCACACCCUUCAGCCAGUGAGCGGCACCUGGACCUGCGGUGCUGGAUGGCGCUGGGUGCCCAGGUCCUAGCGCGACUGGCAGAGCAGCUGGGAGAGACAGAGGCAGCAGCUGAGCUGGGACCACUGGCCAGGAUGUUGACGGCUGAGGAGAGCUUGAAGGAGCUACACUGGGCCCCUGAGUUGGGUGUCUUUGCUGACUUUGGGAACCACACCAAGGCAGUGCAGCUGAGGCCCCGGCCCCCCCAGGGGCUUGUGCGUGUGGUGGGCAGGCCUCAUCCUCGUCUGCAGUUUGUGGAUGCCUUGGGCUACGUCAGUAUUUUCCCCUUCCUCCUUCGACUUCUGGGUCCUGAGUCACCCUAUCUUGGGCCUCUGCUGGACGUUCUUGCCGACAGUCGCCAUCUCUGGAGCCCUUUCGGCUUGCGCUCCAUGGCCGCCUCCAGCCCCUUUUACGGGCAGCCCAAUUCUGAGCAUGACCCGCCCUACUGGCGGGGCGCCGUGUGGCUCAAUAUCAACUACCUGGCCUUGGGUGCUCUGCAGCACUAUGGGCACCUGGCGGGCCCCCACCAGGCCCAGGCCACUAAGCUGCACCGUAAGCUCCGGGCCAAUGUGGUGGGCAACGUGUGGCGGCAGUACCAGGCUACAGGGUUCCUGUGGGAGCAGUACAGUGACCGGGACGGGCGAGGCAUGGGCUGUCGGCCUUUUGAGGGCUGGACCAGCCUAGUCCUGCUGGCCAUGGCUGAAGACUACUGACAAGGGGAGGAGUCAGGCCUGUCUCCCUCUGACUGAAGAGACAAGGCCACCCUGUGGCCACCCCCCCACACCAGGGCUUCAACCCUCCUUUCAUCUCAGGUGUCUCCACCUCAUCCCAUUAGCCCUGGGGUGAAUGUGAAUCAGAGUCUAUUUUUUAAAUAAAUGGGGAAACUAUCUCAGACAA